AUGUCGCAGGCGAUUCCAUUGACCAACUCGUCACAGCUUGCACAGCGUGUAGGCCAUGAAGUCCGCAUUAUUGGCAAAGUCCUCAAGGUAGGGAUGCAUUUGGUAUCGGGUGAGAUUCUGCUCCUAGAAGCCUCCGACAAUGGCACAGUAGAAAUCAAGUUGCAACCGGGUGAAACGCCAACGUCACAAUAUGUUGAGGUAAUUGGCCGUGUGUCCAGCUCUGGUGAUGCCAUUACGCAGCACGCCUUGCUAUCUCUGGGCGACAAUCUUGAUUUGAGCCUCGUGGAAAGCCUUGUGAAGUUCACACCUCAAUACCCUUCGUUGUUUGCUGACUAG